AUCUGCGGAGCGUAAUCUAUUUGGCCUUGCUAGUCGCCCAUUGUAAGAAAGCAGCGGCAGCAGCAGCAACCUGUCGAAGGCGGGUCUCCGCUCUGUGCGAUCGCAACCUAUAACUAACAGUCAAGAUGUUUUCUGGAUUCGGGAAGCAACUGGGAGGAAUGAUCGGACAGAAGAUGUUCGGCACCGAGGAGGCGUCCAAUGCCGGACAGGUCGCCGGAGAAAUAUUCGGCAAAGUCGCCGGGAAUUACUUCAGCGGGAAGGAUGGAGGCGGAGACGGUGGACUGGGAGAUAUCGGCAAAAUGCUGUCCGGCGGAGGAGACCUCACCGGCAUUAUCAGCAGUCUCAUCAAGGGAGGAACGAAGCUGCUGCCGAAGAGGUAUGGGCGGCCCGGCAUCCCGCGCGGCGAGAAGGGAAGCCAUUCCAAACCCAUCCCCGUCUCUACGCUGGGAGGAACGUCCGAGACACGCGGAACAAAGUCCUACGAGGUGAGGGUGACUGUGCUCUCGUGCUUGUCGUGCUGA